UAUUUGCUCAUUGUGAGUGUGAUUUUAAGGGGGGUUUGUUUGGCACUAAAUUUGUUGGAUGAUACUGCACUAUGGCAAGUAUUUUCUUUACCCACAUGUGCUAAUCUGGAUAUGAGAGGAUCUUCUCUGGAGUUUGUUUGGUGAUAUGCUGGAUACACAGUAGUAUGCUGACUAAUUACCAACACAUGAGGAUCGUCCUUUGAAGUCUGUUUGGUGAAUGCUGGAUAUAUACUGACAUGCUGGUUAAUUACUAGCACAUGGUGAGUGUGCAUUUUGAUGGGGUGUUUUUGAGCAUUGAAUACCACAUUGCUUAUGAAGGAGGAUCUCAU